UGAGUAGCCAAUCAGCUGUCAGCUCAGUGCACGACCAAAUACGACAGCUCCUGAUUGGUUGAUCUAGGGCCAAUCAGUGGGUCGAGCGGGAAGCUGUUGAAACACCCGCAACCCUCCAGCCCUAGCGAGGACCUUGGACCUCACCUGGCUCUGGUCUCACAGGCUGUGUAGCGUAUGCCCAGCACAGCGCAUCAUGACAGAUCAGGUCAGCCAAGAGCCUGCACAGGUGACCUCGGAGCUCACCUGUGAGUGCCCGGAGCUCAAAGGCUGCCGAGUCCAGCGGUAGCGCGGUGGCAAGGAAACGGAAAGGCGACCUACUCUUUCCAUCCCUGGAAAUGUCAGGAGCAGGCCUUCAGGCAUGGCUGUAUGCAGGAAGGGUUCAUUUCAGACCUUUGGAAAGGAAGUGUGCAUCACAGGUGUACCCUGGCCUCCACACUGUCCUGCAGGAGUGUAUGUGUUGCCAAUGCUAUGCCAGGUUUGGGGGCCACCUGCCUGUACCCCGGGCUGAUGCACUGCUGCCCUACUGGGUCCCUCUGUCCCUGAGACCACGAAAGCAGGUCUCGAAGAUGAUGCGGUGUUAUGUCCCCAGAGGCAUAAUGUCAUGUCGCUGCCCCUGCCACUGCUUUGGGGGCCGCCUUCCGAUGCCCAGGGAUAGGGCUGUUAUGCCUUACUGGGUGCCUCAAGGGCUGAGGUCACAGAAGAAGGUGGUGAAGCAGCUGGAGAACGUUAGAGACACUCCAGAUAGCCCCCUAAACUCAAACAGAUGGUAUGGCUGUUGGCGGGUCUGUGGGGACCAGCUUCUCCUCCUCAAGUGGCAGCAGCUCCAGGACCUUCAUCAAGAUGAGCCGCCAUAUCCUCCAGAGGAUGAGUCCCACUCUGGCCGCCUAGGCCUCCUGCCCAUCAGCUUCAGUCUCCUGACCCUGCUCCAGGCUGUCCUGAGGGCCAUCAUGGCCAUUCGCCAUUUGUUCUGGGACUGAGUUGGAGUCUUCGGCUACUGUCAAGAUCCCCAGCGAGAAUGUCAUUCACGAUCACGGCCUUCAAGGGGUGCCCUCAGAUCAGGGGGACCUGUGACACUUGCUGUUUCCACAAGCGAAAAGAUCUGCACCUACGAUCCAAUCGGAGCUAGGAGCCGUCAUGUGACUGUUAGUUGACGAGGGGCUGGUGGGAACGUCCAAAUGAGUCUUAUGAAU